AUGUCAGAGCGCGAGAAACCUUAUACAUCGGUGGGCGCUGAUGGUAGAGGGGACGGUGGUGACCCAUCACCAUCUCAGACACCAGACAGCAGGCCCAUGACAUAUCAGGAGUUGCGAAAUCUUUCAUUCGGCAUCAACAUGUUAACAGGUGAAGGACUUGGCAGAGUUGUAGACAUCAUUCAGACUCACCAGCCAUCUUACAGAGCUGUAAAUGAUAAUGAAUUUGAAAUUGAUUUUGAAAAGUUAAACACUACCACACUUCGGGCCCUAGAAAAAUUUGUUAGAUCUUUAGUUCCUAGUGUAUAUGAGGAGGAUACACAACAUUAA